AUGAUAUCCAUAAUCGAACAAGAAGAGGACAGGGUAGUCCGCAGCAGCAUGCCAAGCAACAGCGUCCAAAGGUUCAUCGUGGUGUUGGGGGCACCCACCACGGAAGACGGGAAGCCCGGACCCGAUAUGAAGCAAAGACUCGACCGUUGCCUGGAAUUGUUGGCACAAGAAAAGGAAGACGACUGUUUGGUUGUUGUGACCGGGGGCAGCCCCCGCACAUACGGGAGCUCGGGGGUCUGUAAGGAAGGAGACUGCAUGCAUCAGUAUCUGACAGAAAAAGGGGUUAAAAGUAGCCGAAUUCUCGUCGAGAACCACGCACAACAUACAUUCCACAAUGCCAUUUUCAGCAAGAGCCUGCUUCGAACUCGUGGCUACAUUCCGUCGUCCCGAGCGACGGAGUUGUCCAUCCUGACAUCCGACUGGCAUAUGACUCGUUCGAUGUGGUGUUUUCAGGCUGUCUUUUGCGAUCAUCUCAACAUAACACUGGUUCCUGUGACAGCUAAAUCAGACCCCACGCUCCCGGGAGCAAAGGAGCGGAUUGCCUAUGAACGCGAAAUGACAAGAAACAAAGACUGGGUUCUGAGGUGCAUUCAGCUGCAUCGGGGCCAUCCCGAAGUGCCUGAACCGCUGAAAGGGCCUUGGUCGGAGAUGUUGUUGGAUAAACUCUGGGAAUCCGGCCGGGCAAGGCUGGUGAAAGAAAACGAGAUGCGACCAGAACACAAACCUAGGUCUGGUAGUUAG